AUUAAUCAUAAUUGAUUUGAAAUUUUAUAUUAUGAAUUGGAAUACUAUCACGUUAAUUUUAGUUAACAUUAAAAAUAAAUAAACAAAAAAUCCCAGACUCAUUGAUCUGAUAUGGAUUCUCUCAAUACCUUCGUAAUUGUCAUGCUUCUAUUCACAUUGCUUAGCUUCAGCAAUGAAGCAGCGCCUACAUACAGCUCUUAUGCCUGUGAUAAUUCCACUACUUUCGCGCCCAACAGCACCUACCAAGCCAAUAUCAAGACCCUUCUAUCCUCUCUUUCUUCAAACACCAGCAGCAGUAAGAACGGAUUUUACAACACCACAGCAGGGCAGGACCCGAAUUUGGUCUACGGAACUUUUCUUUGCCGGGGAGAUGUUUCAGCUAAUCUCUGUCAAGACUGCGUCGCCAGUGCUAGCAACGACAUAGCUCAACGCUGUCUUACGGAAAAACUGGGUGUGAUUUGGUACGAUGAGUGUACUGUGCGGUACUCUGAUCAAAACAUUUUCUCCAUCAUUCGUGAGGUGCCGGCAGUGGGUAAAAGCAGUUCAGCAAGCAUCACGGACAAAGAUCGUUUUAAUCAGUUAUUGUCAAACGUAAUGACAAGCUUAGAGAACCGAGCUGCGUAUGGUGACCAAUCGGGCAAAAGGUUUGCAGCUGGUGAAGCGAAUUUUACUAGCUCCCAAACACUGUACAGCCUAGCGCAGUGCACCCCGGAUUUAACCGAUGCACUUUGCUUCAGAUGCCUCCAGAGUGCCAUUGCUACUAUUCCAACGUGCUGUGAUGGGAAACAAGGUGCAAGAGUUUUGCUUCCAAGCUGUAAUGUCAGAUAUGAAAUGUUUCCUUUCUACCAACUCAAUGGCACCACAUCACGGGUUCCUUCACCUUCCUCACCAAACUCAACUAAAGGAAAAAGAAAGAUCUCUUCACCAGUUAUCAUCGCCAUUGUUGCUCCAAUAGUUAUCAGUUUGGUGCUUUUGGCGUUAGCUCUGUUUUUGCUGAGAAGGAGGGCAAGCAAGAAAUACGAUUCAUUACCUGAAGAAAAUGUUUCGGAAGAAAUCCCAACUUCAGAAUCCUUGAAAUUUAAUUUGGCCACAAUUGAAGCUGCAACGAACAAUUUCUCUUCGGAUAACAAGAUAGGUGAAGGUGGAUUUGGCGAGGUCUACAAGGGUAACCUAUGUAAUGGACAAGAAGUAGCCGUAAAGAGGUUAUCUAAGAGCUCUGUCCAAGGAGCAGAACAAUUCAAGAACGAGGUGGUACUGUUAGCGAAGCUACAACAUAGAAAUCUUGUGAGACUGCUGGGAUUUUGCUUGGAUGGAGAAGAAAAGCUCCUCAUUUAUGAAUACGUGCCAAACAAAAGCCUCGACUACUUUCUAUUCAACCCUGAAAAACAAGGAAAUUUGGACUGGUCAAGACGUUACAAAAUUGUUGGAGGGAUUGCUAGAGGACUUAUCUAUCUUCAUGAAGAUUCUCGACUAAGAAUCAUCCAUCGUGAUCUCAAAGCUAGUAAUGUGUUGUUGGAUGAGGAUAUGAAUGCAAAAAUUUCAGAUUUUGGCACUGCAAGGAUUUUUGGUGUGGAUCAAACUCAGGCGAACACAAGAAAAAUUGUUGGAACAUUCGGCUAUAUGUCUCCAGAAUAUGCAAUGCAUGGAAAGUUCUCUAUGAAGUCAGAUGUUUUUAGCUUUGGGGUCUUAAUACUAGAAAUUAUAAGCGGCAGAAAGAAUAGUUCCUUUUAUCAAUCAGAUGGUGCUGACGACCUCCUAAGCUAUUCUUGGAACCAUUGGACGAAUGGAACUCUUUUGGAAUUGUUGGAUUCCAAUUUAAGAGCAAACUGUUCAAGAAACGAAGUUGUUAGAUGUAUCCACAUAGGCCUGUUAUGUGUUCAGGAAGAUCCAGCAAAUAGGCCUACAAUGACAAGAGUAGGCCUCAUGCUUGACAGUUACUCUGUUUCUUUACCGUUGCCUCAGAAACCAGCGUUUUUCCUUCGUUCCAGAACUGAGUUGAAUCCACGAGCAAAGGGGCUGAAAUCAUCUGAUCAAUCUUCUAGUAAAUCAACCACGUUGUCUAUCAAUGAAGUGUCGGUUACCGAGUUAGAGCCUAGAUAGAGGAAACCAGGUUGUACAGAAUAUGUACUAUUGGCUAGUAAGUUAAAUGGAACAUGAGUACAGUUACAAAAACCCUUUUAACAGUCAUUCUGAGUUGCGGUUCAAUUAUACAACAUCAACCUUAAGCCGAAUACUAGUUUUAUGUUGUCUUACAGGGAGGACAGAGGAGCUAGCAAGCAUGAAUGCAUCCUCAAUUACUGAAUCACCCUCAUUGCCUCAUUCCCUUUCCAUUACUAAUCCAACCACCUUUAUUGUAUAAAUUUCAAGGUCUCAUGGUCUAUAUCAACUCUUGAUGAAAUUUAUGA